GACGCAAAAUGAAGAAUAUUUAGGGGGGCAAACGCUAAUGGAGGCAAACCCAUCGCUCGCUCGCAGCAACUCACUCAGUUCGACAGCCGAGGCUCGCCGCCGGAAGCCAUGACUUCCCGCGUGACGAAGCUCGACUACUACGCCGACAUGUGGAGGCUCGUCUCCCAGUCCACGGUCGUCUCCUUCCUCGAGGUGAGUCGCUUCCCGUUCCUCCGGCCUCUGAGAAAUCCAAGAAAGCCCGCGGAUGAUGAUGGUCGGAGUGCUUUGGUGCUGGACUCUACGAUCUUCCAUCCCCAAGGCGGCGGGCAGCCGGCGGAUAUGGGCUUCAUCACCGUCGAAGGUGAUGAUCGGGAGGUGAAGUUUGCCGUGCAAGAUGUCCGGUUGAAAGAUGGACUUGUUUACCAUUAUGGUCACGUUGAGGAUUUGGCUGAGGGCGGUGUGGUGGAAUUUGAGGAAGGAAAGGAGGUUCACUUGCACGUGGACGAACCUAGGCGCAAGCUCAACUCCAGGUUGCAUUCAGCUGGGCAUUUACUGGACGUAUGUAUGAAGAGGGUGGGACUUGGUUUGGAGCCAGGCAAGGGUUACCAUUUCCCUAAUGGACCAUUUGUUGAAUAUAAAGGCGUUAUUCCGCCAAGUGAAAUAUCUAACAAGCAGAAGGAAUUGGAGACGGAAGCUAAUGCAUUGAUAUCUAAAGGAGAGGAAGUUUCUGCUGCGAUAUUACCUUAUGAUGAAGCUUUAGAGCAAUGUGGCGGUUCCCUUCCUGAUUAUAUUCCCAAGGAAAGCACUCCUCGCAUUGUGAAAUUGGGAAGUAAUCCUGGUUGUCCAUGUGGUGGUACCCAUGUUCAUAAUCUAUCAGAGAUAAUUAGCAUGAAGGUUUCCCAAAUUCGCGUGAAGAAAGGCGUGACAAAAGUCUCCUACACUGUGGUUUGAUUUUGGUCCUAAUUAGAACUCUUAAUGUUGGUAUCGAAUGUAUGGCGGCUUGGUUUUAGGAACAGACAUCAAAAUGAUAUGGAGCCUAUAGUAAGGUAUGCCCCAUCUUACCGGACAUUGGUCCCUUGGUGGGCGUUUUCUGAAUUUGGACUUCGGUAACUAUGUGUGUAAGUAAUAGUUCGACGUUUGCUUAGCAUAUGGAAGUUCCUAUUGUUACA